GAAACAAACUUCGAGCACGCAACCGUGGUUGCAUCUAACCUUGACUUUCAACUCUCCGCCCAGAAGAAACAACUGGCACGCCUUUGACUUGCACUUAUAAUUUAUCAUUGCCGAUACAAGCAUGCUAGGAUCACGCCCUUCUCCGCUGACACGAACUGGCCGCAAGGCCUACUCAACGAAGUCAGUCGUAACAAAAAUGCGCCACUCGAAUCUCGUUAUUAUGGCCCUUAUGACAGGCUCUUCAACUACGCUGUGGUUGAAGGCUCCUUUACCUUCUUCCUUGCCCCGCAGGCUGCCCCUGAUGAAACUUCUCAGCGUGACGCCAUAGACUUUGUUUGUCUUAUGGUGAUUUUGAACCAGGGGCAGAAACCAGUUCUCGUCGCGGAUAUUAAAAACGACAAAUGGGCGGACUCAGCUGAUAAGCGCUGGAUAGCGGACAUCCAUACGCGCCAACGGUACGAUCAGAUGCUGGCCGAAUGCCCCAUUCCUGAACUGUAUGGGUUGAGCCUUCUGGGAACUUCCCUUCGCGUUUAUCGUGGCGUUAAGGCCACAGGCGUCGUUGUGCUUAGGGCUGUGGGAUUUAGACAUCUCGUCUCCGGAAGGAUUCAACCUGAUGAAGCAAAUUGUUACGUAUAUCAAGGCGCAAGUUGGCCACUAUCGGAAGUGGAGGAUAGCCUUUGUCAUUGAUGUGUACUAAGCCCGACCCUGACCAGGCCUGACCUCCUACUACGCUGACGAAGUCUUGGUUGAGUUAUCCUGCAGUAGCCGGCUGGCUAAUCUUCAACUGGCUGUUGAUAACUUGAAACAUGUAUUGUUUGCCUCUACUUCCGCUGGCCCACUCCCGGCGUUCUAACAACUUUCCUAUCUUUCACCAAAAAAGCGGUCUCGUACCCUGGAAUGCACCACAUCGUCAUCCUUCGAAGCUUCAGGGUACAAGUCAACCGAAAAGGGGUCUGGGCGGUACCUAUUAUUGCAACGCGCUAGUAUUAAUAAAUUAAUUAGUACACAUAUGUAAGUGCGCUCGGUCACAAGGACUCAAACCAAC